AUGUCCGUGCUGCUGGCCACCCUCGGAGCGUCGAUGGCCGUCGGAGGCUGGGCCGUCGGCAUCGGCGUCGGCGGCCUCUGCGUGGACCAGCUGUCCCGCGGCAUCGGCGGCUUCGUGCUUACCGAGAGCCAGGAGGUCUGGAUCGUGACGUCCAACUUCAUCGGGACAGUGGUCGGAUCUGCCGCGGCCGGGGAGUUCUCUCGCCGCCUCGGAGCCAAGAACACCAUGCUCUGGUUCUGUAUUCCCGCCGUCGUUGGCUUCGUCAUCACCAGCGUGGCCAACUGCUACGAGGUUCUGCUAGCAGGACGCCUGUUGGUUGGCUUCUGCGCCGGUCCCGCCUUCGUGCUGCACGUGUUCUACAUCAGCAGCAUUGCGUCGCCGGAGUACCGCGGCCUCCUGGCCAUGCUGCCCGACAUCAUCUACAUGCUGUACGUGAUCGUGAGCCUGGUGCUGGGCCUGGCGCUGCCAUGGUGGUGGGUAUCGCUGGUGGGCGCGGCUGUGUUCGCCGUGCCGGCCAUGCUGGCGCUGACGCUGCUGGCCGAGGCCGAGCGCUCGGCCCUCUUCUUCGGCAUCGAGCUGCCCACCGAGCCGACCGACACGGCCGUCGUGGCGCGGAAGUCGCCCUACUCGCUGGUGUUCCUGCGCGAGCUGGGCACGGCGCUGGACGCCACACUCGUCAGCGUGCUGCUCUGCGUGGUGCGCAUCGUCACCGUAGCCGUCGUGUCGGUGCUGCUCGACCGAGCCGGCCGGCGCACGCUGCUCAUCGUCUCCGCCUGCGGCAUGGUGAUCAGCUACCUGGCCGUGGCCGCCUACUUCUACGUGCCGGCGCUGGCGGCGUACGCGUGGUUGCCGCUGGCGGCGCUGGUGCUGGCUGUAUUCUUUUUCUGCAUGGGCGUGGGUUCCGUGUCGUGGUGCCUGAUCGGCGAGAUGGUGCCGCCGCGGCUGAGCGAUGCCGCCGGCGCCGCGCUCGUCUUCUACUACAACGUCGCGUCGCUGCUGAGCGUGCAGCUGUUCCCGGCCAUGCUGGCGGCGCUGGGCUUGGGCGGCGUGUUCCUGGUGCACGCCGGCAUCGUGUCCGCGCUGCUGCUGGUGGUGGUGCUGGCCGUGCCCGAGACGCGCGGCCUCUCGCUGCAGCAGAUCGAAGCGCUCCUCGGCGGCCGAACUAAGCCACUCUACCCGCGCCAGGUUCGCGCCAGCAGCAUACGGCUCGGCCGCUCCCACGCGCGCGGCUCGUCGCGCGGCUACAAGCGCUACCAGAUCCGGCUGAAGCGCGCGCUGUAG